AUGGGGCUACCACAAGCAAGGUAUGGGGUUUGCUUUUCUGAUGUUAAAUUUAACUGUAACCUGAGGUCAGAAAUAAAGAAGAUUACUGAUCGCCUACAUGAGAUAUUGGAAGUGAAAAAACAACUUGGUUUAAAUGAGGGGACGCCAUCUGCUAAGGCAUGGCACUUGCCACCAAGUUCCCGUUUACCAGAAGGACCUGUGAUUGGAAGGGAUACAGACAAGACGAAGAUUAUUGACUUGUUGUUUAAAAGAAAGCACCCCAGUGCCAUCAACUUUCAUGUAGUUGCCAUUGUCGGUAUGCCUGGAGUGGGAAAGACAACACUUGCAAGACAUGUUUUUGAUGAUGACAAAACGAAAGAGUUUAACCUAAAAGUAUGGGUAUCUGUGUCGGAUGACUUCAAUCUUGAAAGAGUGACAAAGGCAAUUCUUGAAUCCGCCACAUCUGGUCUUGCAAAGGAGUUCAAGGAAUUCAACCAAGUUCAAGAAAGUUUGAGUAAGGAGCUAGCAGGAAAAAAGUUUCUGAUUGUUUUAGACGAUGUUUGGAAUACAUGUGCCUAUGAUUUGUGGAUAAAAUUGCAGUCCCCCUUUCGUGUUGGAGCAUUAGGAAGUAAGAUAGUUGUGACAACACGUGAUACGAAUGUUGCAAACAUGAUGGGAUCCACCACUAUUUAUCAAUUGGGUGGCAUAUCAGAUGAUCAAUGUUGGGAAGUCUUUGUGCAGCAUUCCCGCUUGGACAUUACCAAAAGGCCGCAAAAGUUUGAGUUGAUAAAGGAGAAAAUUGUUGCAAAAUGCCGCGGAUUGCCAUUGGCUGCAAGGACUCUUGGAGGUCUUCUACGUUGUAAACAAGUGGAAGAAUGGGAGGCAAUCUUAAACAACAAGAUGUGGAGUCUAUCAGACGAUACUGGCAUUCUCCCGGUAUUAAAAUUGAGCUAUCACUAUCUCCCUUCGAGUUUGAAACGGUGUUUCGCCUAUUGUUCCCUACUUCCGAAUGACCUAUGA